CAGGCAGUAAGCAGUCCAAUUCCACAUGACUCCCAUGAGGCAGCUCAGGUGGAACAUAUCUUUCUCAGCAUGCCCGAGGCCACCACGCACACAUGAGCAUUGUUGAAAAGAUGAAAAACAUACUAUAACGUGGCAGCAGAAGCCUUAAAAAUAUCCAUGCAGACUGGGUUUCCAAAUAUAGCUGCUAUAUAUUCACGCAGGUAACGGAGUGGCCAGGAUAUGUUUACUCAAAACUGACUGCAAAGAAAUUAGAUCUUAGUAUAUAGGGAGGGGUCACACCUUGACUACCCCUCCCUGCUUGCUGAACAGUGUGGAUGCAGCCAGGCUCUGGAGGUACAGUAGGUAAAGAAAUCAGGUCAGUCCAGUUCUCAGGCUCUCUCUUACGAAUAUCAGGCCUCACCUGCUUGCUCUCUCCAGUCUAAUUCAAAACACAGUUUUGGUCUGACACAUCUUCUCUGUUGCACCUGUAAGCAGAGCUCCCUGGGAAGCUAGACUGCAGCUGCCUUUCUACAGAUCAGAAGCACAAGGAUCUUGAAAGAGAGACUCUUGCUCCCAGUAAAGAUGGCUUUUCCCUUGCCACUUAUGACUGCGAUGAUUUCAAUCUUUGCUCUCCUAGGGGCUACACAAUCCCAGAGUUCAACCACCUCCCCUGUUGUUAUAAUGACCACCAAUUCUGCUAUAGCCGUAGAAACCUCUUCAACAAAACCACUCGAGGACACAGUCCCACUAGCAUCAACAACAAUAGUUGAACCUCAACCAACCAUUUCAGAAAAUUCAUUUUCCACCACCAGGGCAAUAAACAGUUCAAUAAGCACUGCAGGGGAAGCGACUGUGACAGCAGUAGUUAGUAGCACUGCUCCAGAAACAACAACAGUCCUUACUGCCACCACAGAGAUCACAACCGGCACCCCGGACUCGCUUAACCCAAUAACUCCAGGGGACAACUAUUCAAGCACAGGCACCUUCUCAUCUACCACUCCUAGCAACAGAAACGACUCCACAACCACAAACUUCUCAACUUCUACCCCAAGCGGUAACUUCUCUACUUCUACCCCAAGCGGAAACUACUCCACUUCUACCCCAAGCGGUAACUUCUCUACUUCUACCCCAAGCGGAAACUACUCCACUUCUACCCCAAGCGGUAACUUCUCUACUUCUACCCCAAGCGGAAACUACUCCACUUCUACCCCAAGCGGUAACUUCUCUACUUCUACCCCAAGCGGAAACUACUCCACUUCUACCCCAAGCGGAAACCUCUCCACUUCUACUCCAAGCGGAAACUUCUCCACUUCUACCCCAGAUGGUAACUUCUCCACUUCUACUCCAAGCGGAAACUACUCCACUUCUACCCCAAGUGGAAACCUCUCCACUUCUACUCCAAGCGGAAACUACUCCACUUCUACUCCAAGCGGAAACUUCUCCACUUCUAGCCCAAGCGGAAACUUCUCCACUUCUACCCCAGAUGGUAACUUCUCCACUUCUACCCCAAACUUCUCAACAGCAGGUAACGUUUCAACAGCAAGAACAACAACAACACUGAGCAGUACGACUGCAAACACCACCCCCAUGACUACAGGCUCUCCAGGGACCAACAAGAGCAGUACGACACUCAAUUACAUGAGUACCACCGCCCGUCCGGGGGCAGGGAACAUAUCCUUUCCUUCCAAAGAUGCCACUCCUCACAGUAAAGAAAAUGACGUUGGUGUCACAGUGGGGGCCAUUGUUGGAACAGCCCUAGGAAUCUCACUAGUGGCUCUGGUCCUCUACUUCAUAUUUAAGAAGGCAAAAUCAGAGUCCUUCAAUCACCGCAGACUCUAUGAAGAUGUGUCUGCAUAUCCAGUUCUCCGAUUGGACAGCUCAGCUGAUCAACCUGAUCUACGCUAUGAGGGAUGCUACAAUCCUGGAGUCACUGGGGACUCUAUCCAAAUGGCCAACAUCCACUCACAAGGGCAGGAUGCUUAGUGGACCUGGACAAGAAUGGGCUCAGCUAAAACAAAAAAAAAUGAAUUAACACAACCCAGUUAUUUAUAAUGCAAUUUUGAAAAAAAAUAAAAAAAUCACCUGGUAUCUGACAAGCUGGCUCGUCUUACAGACUUAAAAAAAACAACCCCUAAGCGACUGUCGCGUUAGAAAAGUACAGCUUUCCUUUGGCAAGAGAAACUGCCUUUUUGUAAAUUCCCAAAGCUACCAGUGAACACAAACCUCUGCAAGUUUAUUCAAAGCUAGCUUUCAGAGAGACUGCUGUAACGUUCCCAGGCAAGAGCACAAUAUUUACUGUUCCACAUUACAGCAGUGAUGUAGGCACUUACCCAAAUGCUGGCUGUUUGGAAAUUAAAUACCUGUACAGUAUAAAUCAACAGGACUAAUGUUUAUUAUAAAUGUUUGGGGGCAUAACAGUCACAUUCUCUUUUGGGCAAAACACAUGCCAUGUUUUAUUUUCCAUGGUUAGUUCCAUGGUUAAAACCAAUUCACUAGUUGUUAGCUGAAAAAAAAAAAUAGAUUUUAUAACUAUUCAUAAUAAUAAUAAUAAUAAUAAUAAUAAUAAUAAUAAUAAUAAUAAUAAUAAUAAUAAUAAUAAUAAUAAUAAACCAUGAAUGCCGGUAUUCUGCAAUGCUAGCCUUAUGAAAACCAUUUUAUUGUAAUGUAACACUUGGUAUUUCCCUAAAAUAAAUAUAUAUUUGUUUCAAGUAUUAUAA